AAAAAGCCAACUAAAGUAGCCCAUCGGUCCCCUUCCAUGGGCUGUGCCUCCUCUCACGACCUCUGCAUCGUCCUCUCUCCAACUCCGCCGCCUCCCCUCUCUCUUCCGCCACCUCUUCCGCCGCCGCUCCUGUUGGGGAGAGCCCCCACUCUCUCCUCCCCUAUCGUUGUCCACCAUCCAUCCCUCCAUAAAGGCGAUUCCACGCACCUCGUCUCCCUCACCUCCACCACCUACGGCUCCCUCAGAACCCUAGACGACCCCGAUCCCUCUCUCUCCGCCUCCUCCGCCUCCGCCGCCGCCGUCAUCAGCGCCUGGGGCAUCAUGGAUGGUCUCGACGACCUCCCCUUACCGUCCACCUCCUCCUCCUCCGCCGUCGCCAAGAAGCCCUACUUUCUUCCCCGAUCCCUCACGUACCAUCACCACCGCCGCGCGAUGAAGGCCAAGGACGAGCACCCUGCCGUCAAGCCUCUCUGGAAGCACCUGGCGGACGAGCCCAAGCGCCCCAAGGUCGUCCUCUACUCCACCUCCCUCCGCGGCAUCCGCCGGACCCACGAUGACUGCUGCGCCGUCCGCUCCAUCCUCCGCGGCUUCCGUGUCGCUGUUGACGAGCGGGACGUGUCCAUGGACGCCGCCUACCGGCGGGAGCUGCAGGCGCUGCUCGGAAAGGGGCGGUCUUUCUCGCUCCCCCAGGUGUUCGUCGGCGGGCGGUGCCUCGGCGGGGCGGAGGAAGUCCGGCAGCUCCACGAGGCCGGGGAGUUGGGGCGGCUGCUUGAGGGGGUCGCCGGCCAGGAUCCUGCAUUCGUGUGCGGCGGUUGUGGCGGGGUUCGCUUCGUGCCUUGCCCCAAUUGCAGCGGAAGCCGCAAGGUGUUCCUCAAGGAGGAGGAGAGGAUGCGGCGCUGCGAGGAGUGCAACGAGAAUGGAUUGGUACGCUGCCCUAAAUGCUGCUCUUAAUGAUGCUCCCCACGCGUUAAAAAAAAAAAAAGCUACUAAAAUUAGAUAUCAAGAAAUGGGAAGAAACAAGAUAUGAUUUUUCUGGAAUUUUCUUUCUUCUUCUUGGGCCAAUUUGGAUGUAAUUCAAUUGCACUCGAUCGAUUCUUGAUGGGUUCCCUGGUAUGUAAGACAUGGGGGCUAUAAAUGAAGGUUGUUGGUAAUGGUGAUUGUUGGAUAGUUAGUACCUAUGAAGGGAAAGAUCAUCUGGGUUCUUGUCCUUUUGAAAAUGUGUGCCUGUAAUGAUGGGAUUAAAAUUGUUUGUAUAAAACUGUAAUAAUCAAUUCAUCUAUGCAAAUAUGGAGUUUGGUUUCCUUA